AUGCCUGAUCUUCAUUCACUCCCGGCAGGCACAAGACCUGAAGGCGCCGUUCGAAACAAUGGUCCAGAUGACCUCGUCUUGGAGCGACUCAAGCUCCGUGAGCUCGCUGAGGGCUGGCCUUGUUAUAGGGAUGCCUGCGAGUGGGAGAAUUUUAAAUCCAUCUUUCACCCGGGUGCGUAUGUCAGCACGACCUGGUCUGGCAUAAUCCUUGCCACCGAUUUCAUCAAGGCCUCGCAAGCCGGCAUGGAUAACGGAGCAUUCAUCAUGCACAGGUGUCAUGGCUGCACGACGGAUAUCACCCCUGAUGCUACUCGCGCCGUGACCAAACUCAAGGCUACGAUCACUCAACGAUUUAUAAUUGAUGGCGUUGAGUUUGACGUUGAAGCUGACUGUCGCUUCAUAUUCUUCUUUGAAAAAGAUGGUGAUCGGUGGGGCGCAAGGCUCGUCAGGCAUUGGUACGAGAAGGAUAAAGUCAUACCUUGCAAUCCGGCACUGGUCCCUAGUAUUGACGAAGAAAAGGCAAAGGCAUAUCCUCCCGGGUAUAGGUACUUGGCCUAUUUCAAGAAGCGACAAUGGGGGUUGCCGUGCUGGGGGAUAUGCCGGGGCACAGGAGACAUGUUGGCACAGUGA